AUGCUAGGGGUUAUACUGACAGCCAUGGGACAGUACACGGUCUUCUCCUUCCUUGAUGUGCAGCUUUGCCUCCGUCAGCGAGAGAUGUCUUGCUUCAGACCCUGCCUGCCCCAGUCCUGCGGCAGCUGUGGCCCAACCCCACUUGCAAGCAGCUGCAGUGAGCCCUGUGUUGCCCGCUGCGCUGACUCGACGGUGGCCAUCGAGGCCUCCCCGGUGGUGGUGACCCUGCCGGGCCCCAUCCUCACCUCUUUCCCUCAGAGCACAGCCGUGGGCUCCUCUCUCUCAGCUGCUGUGGGCAGCUCCCUCAGCGCUGGGGGGGUUCCCAUCUCUUCUGGGGGCUCCCUUGGGGGUCUGGGGAGUUGCGGGCUGUGUCUGCCUCCCCUCCGCUGCCGUAUGAACUGCUGA